UGCACCACGGCGGAGCACCGCGGGAGCACGAUGGCCGCGGGGCAGCGCCGGGCCACUGCCACCUCCCCACUCGCCCUCUCCCUGGGGCUCCUCGCCGUCGCUCAGGUUUUUGGAGACCAAAAUCAAGGGGCAGUUUUCCUUCGUGAAUUUACAUUGAUUCGGAGAGAAAGUCUUCACGAUGAUUUCCUAUCUGAUUUGCUGAGUAAUCACAAAACAGAAGACCCGAGCUCCAGAACAGCUCGCUCGGAGGAAGACCGAGACUCGCUGUGGGAUGCCUGGGGCUCGUGGAGCGAAUGCUCGCGCACCUGUGGAGGAGGGGCCUCGUAUUCACUGAGACGCUGCCUCAGCAGCAAGACCUGUGAAGGGCGAAACAUCCGGUACAGGACGUGCAGCAAUGUGGACUGCCCACCAGAAGCAGGUGAUUUUCGUGCCCAGCAGUGCUCUGCUCACAAUGACGUCAAGUACCAGGGGCAGUUGUAUGAGUGGCUGCCUGUGUCCAACGACCCCGACAACCCGUGCUCUCUGAAGUGCCAGGCCAGGGGAAUGGCUCUGGUUGUGGAGCUUGCACCUAAAGUUCUGGAUGGGACACGGUGCUACACAGAAUCCCUGGACAUGUGCAUCAGUGGCUUGUGCCAAAUUGUUGGCUGUGACCACCAGCUGGGAAGUGCUGUCAAGGAGGAUAACUGUGGGGUCUGCAAUGGAGAUGGGUCCACCUGCCGGCUGGUACGAGGCCACUAUAAGUCCCAGCUCUCUGCAAGUAAACUGAAUGAUACAGUGGUUGCUAUUCCCUAUGGAAGCAGGCAAGUUCGCCUCGUGCUGAAAGGACCUGAUCAUUUAUAUUUGGAAACUAGGACUCUCCAAGGCACGAAGAGUGAAAAUAGCCUCAGCACCACUGGCUCCUUCCUUGUAGAAAAUUCUAGCAUUGACUUCCAGAAGUUUCCUGACAAGGAGAUCUUAAGAAUGUCUGGGCCUCUCACUGCGGACUUUACUGUCAAGAUCCAUUAUGCUGGUGCUGCAGACAGUUCAGUCCAGUUCAUCUUCUACCAGCCUAUCAUUCACAGAUGGAGGGAAACAGAUUUUUUCCCUUGUUCAGCAUCCUGUGGUGGAGGUUAUCAACUGACGUCUGCUGAGUGCUUUGAUCUGAGAAGCAGUCGGGUAGUAGCAGAUCAAUACUGUCACUAUUAUCCUGAAAAUAUCAAGCCAAAGCCAAAACUUCAAGAGUGUAAUCUGGAUCCUUGUCCUGCAAGUGAUGGAUACAAGCAGAUCAUGCCCUAUGACCUCUACCAUCCCCUUCCUCGAUGGGAAAGUACACCCUGGACUGCCUGUUCCUCAUCCUGUGGAGGGGGCAUUCAAAGCCGCAGCAUCUCCUGUGUGGAAGAAGACAUUCAGGGACACAUCAGCCCUGUGGAAGAAUGGAAAUGCAUGUAUACUCCAAAGAUGCCUGUUGUCCAACCUUGCAAUAUAUUUGACUGUCCAAAGUGGCUUGCUCAAGAAUGGUCUCCGUGCACUGUGACCUGUGGACAAGGACUCAGAUACCGUGUGGUCCUUUGCAUUGACCACAGGGGAAUGCACACAGGAGGUUGUAGUACUAAAACAAAGCCACACAUAAAGGAAGAAUGCAUUGUACCCACUCCUUGCUACAAGCCCAAAGAGAAACUUCCCGUGGAAGCAAAGGUGCCAUGGUAUAAGCAGGCUCAAGAGCUGGAGGAAGGAACAGCCGUAUCUGAAGAGCCCUCGUUUAUUCCUGAGGCGUGGUCCACCUGUAGCGUCACCUGUGGAGUGGGCAGCCAGAUUAGGCUUGUGAAGUGCCAGGUGCUCCUCUCUUUCUCUCAGUCUGUGGCUGAUCUGCCCAUUGAUGAAUGUGAAGGUCCCAAGCCUGUGUCUCAGAGAGCCUGUUACAGUGGUCCCUGCAGUGGGGAGGCAGCUGAGCACACCCCAGAGGAGACACGGCUUUUGUACGGCAGCUUGCAGGAGUUCGAUGAGCUCUAUGACUGGGAGUAUGAAGGCUUUACAGAGUGCUCAGAGUCCUGUGGAGGAGGCGUCCAGGAGGCCGUGGUGACCUGUCUGAACAAACAAACUAGGGAGAUUGCUGACGAGACCCUCUGUGUUAGCAGCCGUCGUCCUCCACAGUUGCUGAAGGCCUGUAGCCUGGACCCCUGCCCCCCAAGAUGGGAGAUUGGGAAUUGGAGCACUUGCAGUCUUACCUGUGGGGUUGGUUUGCAGACACGAGAUGUCUUCUGUUCUCAUCUACUAUCAAGAGAGACCAACGAGACUGUGAUUUUGGCAGAUGAGUUCUGCUCUAAACCCAAGCCAUCCCUCGUGCAAGCCUGUAAUCGCUUUGACUGCCCACCCUCCUGGUAUCCUACAGAAUGGCAAGAGUGUUCACAGACCUGUGGUGGUGGUGUCCAGAAGCGAGAUACACUUUGCAAGCAGCGCCUGGCAGAUGGAAGCUUGUUAGACCUGCCAGAAACCUUCUGCUCCAUGCCAAGAGCUGUCACACAACAAGCCUGCAAAAAUGAGGACUGUCCCAAUGAGUGGCUUCUCUCUGAGUGGACACAGUGUUCAGUGAGUUGUGGAGAAGGCACACAGAGUCGAUAUGCUAUUUGCAGAAAGAUGCUGAAAACCGGGGGCUUUGUUACCAUCAAUUCCUCACUCUGCCUCCCUUUGCCAUUCCCAUCCUUGAUCAGGCCCUGUUCACUAGGCUCCUGUGCAAGGCACAACAGACCAGCUCAUAAGCAAAGCCCCCGUAUUAUGGCUGUAAAGCAAGUUUACAUCCAGACAAGGAAGCAGAAGAAACUACACUUCAUUGUGGGUGGGUAUGCCUACCUGCUGCCCAAAACUUCUGUAAUUCUCCGAUGCCCCACCAGGAGGUUCCGGAAAUCAAUGAUCACUUGGGAGAAGGAUGACAGGAGGCUUGUCAGUUCAGCUCACAUCACCAUUGCACCCUAUGGGUACAUGAAAAUCCAUCAUCUGAAGCCUUCAGACACUGGGACAUACACCUGCACAGCAGGGCCCGCCCGGGAGCAUUUCAUAAUUAAACUGAUUGGAAGCAACAAGAAGAUCAUUGCUGGGCAGCCCGCUGGUAUUAGGGAGGAAGAAGUCAUGAGAAAGGCCGGCUUAAAUAAUGCCUUGCGAGCAGAGGAUAAACAUCUCAAUGGGAUUUUCUUCAAUGGGAGCAAGGCUGAAAACCGAGGGCACCUUGCUAACCCCAGCAGAUGGUAUGAUGAUAUUGUGUCGAGGCUGCUACAGCUCAGGGGCUGGCCAGGGGAAAAUCUGGAGUUCUGGGAAGCCCAAGAGUCCAUGGAGAGAAACGCAUCCUCAGAAGAGAACCAGAGCCGGGAGCAUAGCCUGCCAUUUACUAUGGUCACAGAGCAGAAACGCUUAGAUGAUAUCAUUAGGAAUUUGUCGCAACAGCCUGAGGAGCUUAAAGAUAUCUAUACUGAGCAUCUUGUUAUGCAGCUGGCUCACGAGGUUUUCAAGAGCUCCUUGGAGCACCAGGAAUUUGUCCUCAAAGCAUCAAGGCGAAAAGUUGAUUCGGCCUCAGUGGAGUACCCUUUCCACAGACAUGUUUCUGGAUUUACCAGCUCCCUGAGGACAUCAUCUGCUGAAACAUUCAUUCCCACCUCUGUAGAUCUGGCAAAUGGCUUGCACAGGCCUCAUCAAAAGCCUGCCAUCCUCCGAAAGAUUUCAGCAGCACAACAGCUUUCUGCUUCAGAGGUUGUCACCCACCUGGGACAGACAGUGGUCCUAGCAAGCGGCACGCUGAGUGUGCUGCUUCACUGUGAAGCAGUGGGAAACCCAAAGCCCACCAUCAGCUGGGCUAAGAAUGGAGAGGAAGUGAAAUACAAUGAUAGGUUGCUCCUUCAGCCUGAUGACUCCUUGCAGAUUCUAGCACCUGUGGAAGCUGACGUGGGUUUCUAUGUUUGCAAUGCAUCCAAUGCCCUGGGAUCUGACUCUGUGUCCAUUGCUGUCACCCUGGCAGGAAAGCCACUGAUAAAGGCAUCAAGAGCUACUGUGAUCAACACUGAAUCACCUGCUGUCUCUGUUGAUAUUGGAAGCAUGCUGAAAACAAUCCAGAAAGCAAAUGUUAGCAUCAACUGCCAAGUAGCAGGUGUUCCUGAAGCAAAAGUUACUUGGUUUAAGAACAAGGUCAAGCUGCCCUCUACUCACCAUCUGCAUGAUGGAUUGCUGCUAAUAGCAAAUGUUUCUCUGUCAGAUCAGGGCUUAUACUCCUGCAAGGCAGCCAAUCUUCAUGGGGAAGUAACUGAAAGCUCCCAGCUGUUGGUUCUGGAGCCUCCACGACCUCUUCCUCACCUAGAAGACUUGACAGCAGUGCUCAGCAGUGCUGGGCCCAGCACCCAUUCAGUGCUGACUUCUCCUUCAGGAACAAAACUGACUGUCAGUCCAGGGAGCUCAGCUCUCAUAGGUUGUGCUGUCGAUGGGCAUCCAACCCCUAACAUUACCUGGCUUUACUCUGGUGAGCCUCUCAGUCUGCAACAUCAACUCCUGGCAGCAGGACAGAUUCUUCAGAUACUCAAUGUCAGUGAUUUCACUGAUGGUGAAUUCAGUUGCCUUGCUCAGAAUGAGGCUGGCUCGCUCACACAAGUAACGUCCCUGGCUUUACAAGAGUACCAGUGGUCAGCGGACAAACUGACAGCUUGCUCAGCUUCCUGCGGGCACAGAGGGCUGCAGCUGCCCCAGCUGAGGUGCCUGCUGGAUGGGAAUGAAGUCAACGCAUCCUACUGCGCUGAGACACCCCAGCCACCUCUGCAGCCCCUCGCAUGCAACAGAAGAGACUGCCCUUCACGGUGGAUGGUAACAUCCUGGUCUUCCUGCACACGGAGCUGUGGUGGAGGCGUACAGACGCGGCGAGUGACAUGCCAGCGCCUGACAGCGAAAGGCAACUCUGUCCCAGUGCCCAACGAGGCUUGUGCCCUGGUGUCCAAGCACCCUGUGGACACACAGAACUGUAACAGGCAGCCCUGUGUUGAGUGGGCAGCCUCCUCCUGGGGCCAGUGCAAUGGGCCUUGCAUUGGACCACGACUGGCUGUACAGCACCGACAGGUAUUUUGCCAGACCAAAGAUGGGACUUCUGUGUCAUCUGAUCAAUGCAGCUCCUUACCAAGGCCAUUGAGCACCCAGAACUGCUGGACUGAUGUCUGUGGUGUGCACUGGAGGGUCAGCCUGUGGACCGUCUGCACAGCUACAUGCGGGAACUACGGCUUCCAGUCACGGCGUGUGGACUGCGUGCACAUCCGCACCAACAAGCCCGUGAUGGAGCACCACUGCUCCUGGAGGCCAAGACCUGCAAACUGGCAGCGCUGCAACAUCACACCCUGUGAAAAUGUGGAGUGCAGAGACACCACAAGGUACUGUGAGAAAGUGAAGCAGCUCAAACUUUGCCAGCUCACCCAAUUUAAGUCACGUUGCUGUGGGACUUGUGGAAAAUCUUGAAGACAGACGAAAUGAAAAUGGAGGAACAAGGGGAUCACAGCCUUUUCUUCACUGAGCAAAGGCUUUCACAGAAAAUACAGAUGGAUGGAAUGAUCUUUUUCAUUUUAUUUAUUUAUUUCCCUUUAAAAAAAUCCCCUUUACAAAUCAUUGUUGUAAAGGGACUUGACAAGUUUUCCCUUCUGUGAAUCUGAGAGACAGAAUGCAGAUAGACAUGGUCAUGAGAAUAGAUCACAAAGAGUCAGAGAGACCCAUGACACCAAGAAAUGGGUAUGAGAGGAGUGGGACUUCCCCUCAAUCUGUGUACAUGCCUGAGGGACACCUCAAGAGACAGAUGAGAAAGAGGACCAGAUUCAAAACCUGGCAUCAUAUUAUAGAAUCAAAGAAUCAUCAAGAUCAAAGGAGAUCUUCAGGGUUAUCUAGGCCAGCCAUUAACAGCCGUACCAUACUCACCCCUAAACUUUCUGUCGGUACCCAAUCCAGAUGCUUCCUUGGACACUGUCCAAGUUGGUGACUCCACCACCUCCCUGGGCAAAUUAGUCCAAUGCCUAGCCACUUUUUCAGUGAAUAAUUUUCCCUAAUACCUUAUCUGAUCCUCCCCAGCUCAGUUUGAGGCCAUUUCUUCUCAUCCUAUUGUUUGAAACACGGCAGAAAGACAGACCCCCCCACCUCACUACAACCUCCUUUCAGGCAGUUGUAGAGAGCAAUGUGGUCACCCCUGAGUCUCCUCACAGCUAAACAACCCCAGCUGCCCCCCUUGCUCCAUAUAGGAUGGUUUUGGGUUACAAAAGCAUGUGUCUUCUAGAUCUUUCACCAGUUUCAUAGGCCUUCUCUGGACGUGCUCAAGCACAUCAAGGCCUUUCCUGUAGUGAGGGCCCCAGAACUGAGCACAGGAUUUGAGGUGUGGUCUCACCAGUGCUGAGUACAAGGGGACAAUCACUGCUCUGGCCCUGCUGGCCACAUUAUUGCUGAUCCAGGCCAGGAUGUCAUUGGCCACCUCAGGCACCUAGGCACAUACUGGCUUAUAUUUAGGUGUUGACCAGCACCCCUAGGUGUCUUUCUGCUGACUUAGACUACCUUGAAAAUACAAGCACAUGAUUUUGUUUUAUAAACUGUAUUUGUUACAUCCAAGAUUAGAAGCCUUUUUAAUUUUUAAAUCCCUCUCUCCUUCUUACACCAUGCAAGGGACAUCUCUGUGACCUUUGAGGAUCUGGUGUCUGGAGAAGUUGAAAAAUGAUCUGUAAUAUCAUUGGGUCUAAAAUACACCUGAAAAUGUUUCCAGUUUGAGCUUGUGAGGGAGGAUUGGGAAUUGAAGGGUUGCCCUCAGCACAGAGGUGCAGUGGUGUUGUUAAUAAUUGACUAGCAAAAGGAGAACAUGUAUGAUCUGCUUGACAGACUUUGCAAACACUGUUCUCUAGAGACCACAGGCAGGAAAGAUAGAAAUUGUAUGUAACAGGAGACACUUUGAAUAUUGCAUCCUACUAACAAUUAUUUAGAAAAAAAAGGUACUACUUCCCAAAGUUCUCCUACUUUCGGACUUGGAGUUUUGGAAAAAGACUUGAGGAAGUGUGUUUUCCUAUUCUGUUAACAUUCUCUUUCCUGGAAGCCAAGCCUUUCAGUUAACUGGUAGUAGCACCAACACCACUGGACAAACACAAAUAAUUUGUAAGCAGCUGGUUCCUCUCCAGCUGCCUCCCACAACAAAACGGGUGCUAUAAGGCAGAUCUUUAAGUCUAUGUAUAACACCCCAAAGGUACAGUCUGAAAAAUCAGACUCAAACAUCACACUCCCUGCAUGAUUUUGCAUGCAGGGAGUGACUCUUUCCUCCUGGUCAGCUGCAGUGAAUAUUCAGCCAGUGAAGUGAUGCAUGAUUAUAGUUUCUGGGCAUUCUCUGCUCUGCUCAGAAAAAAAAUUAAAAUUAGAGGAAAUCUGCAAAGAAGAGAGUUUGAGAAUUGCGAAAGUUUAAAGGAGAACUACCUGAUCUCAGGUUUUGCUUCAAGACCUUCUCUAAAUGAAAGGCUUGGUUGUGCCUCUUCUGUAGCUCCUGUUGGGCUAGUGCCUUGUGGUAUAUUAAUGAAACGCUGUUCAAGUUUUGCCAUACUACAGCUUCCAUGAUGUGGAUUUUUCAGUAAAACUGGAGGUCCAUUAUUGAGGUCAGUGCCAGGUUCAUGACAUGAAACAGUCUCAAAUUGGCUUACUUCAAAACACAUCUGGAAGUGAACGCUUUUGGUAGAAAUAGGUCUUCAAAAAAUAAACAGCAGUGCAACUUUUUAUUUAAAAAAGAAUAAUGACUUUCUGUGUAUGUAAAUGUAUAUCUUUUCUGUAUAUUUAUUAGGAUUUCUUGUAUAAAAAGUGCAAUAUUAAUAAUUGUACAUUAUUUUGUCCAGAUAAAACUAUUUUGGUUUUUUUUUUGUUUUUUUUUAAAUCUCCCCAGAAUUUUGUUCCUCUAAAAUCAACACUAAUAGUGUAUUUCUCUUAAUUUUAAUAGCACUUGCAUUUAAUUGGGGAUCUGCUUUACUGUGCACAGAGUGCUUUAUAGAUUAUGACAGGAGGGAGGGAUGAUGUUUUUAACUUGUGAAAUUAUAAUUAUGCAUGGAAUGAAGGACAAUUCCUUAAUAACACAAUAACAGCAAUGAUGAUGAUGACGAUGUGAUGGAUAUUUUUGAUACAUUAGUUAACAGAAUGCAGCAUGGGGAAGUAUUUUCUUUUGUGUAAAAGCAAAAUAUGUUCAAGCUAUCACAUGUUCCAUAGUAUCUGUGUAACUGUGCUCAGGAUAAACACAAAGGAUCUGAUCUGGAGGGGCCACUGUGCUGUCUCUGCACAGUGUGGAUUUAAUUUCACAUGUCUGUCUUCUGAAUUGUGACUUGGCAGCAUCUCAGUAAUAUAAGGAUUACUGGAUAUUUUUUAAAAGGAUGCUUUCCUUCUCUAAAGAGAAAACAAAACAGCAAACUUGUAUUUAUGUAACUUUUUGUACAAGUAAUGCAGGUUACUUAUUUAACUACAACUGUCUGACGUGUUGUUUUUUAAUCUUAAAAACAAAAGCCAAAGUAGUAAAGCUGUUGGAAUUCUCUGUCCCUGUUCUAUAUUAUGUCUUUUGAUAGCAGCACACACCUGUUACACAAAGUACACAUGAUGUAUCUGCCUUGGGAGAGAAGAUGUCGUAUCUCCUUUUAAAAGUCUCCAGCCAAUGAUAGUCUGCACCCUGUCUUAGAGAUAAGUUUUAAUUCUCCAUUUGCCUUGCUUUAUUCUUAUUUGCUAAUGGCUUGCCCCUAUUGCUCUUGCAGAAGUAUAAAGCUCGUCCAAGGACCAUAA